ACGUAGAGAGGCGACUGCAGAACUAACACAGCGGAAAUGGACAUAACUAAGAUCAGGGAGUUGACAUUCUGACGGAAACAGGAAAUAUGUAGACGGAGCUGCGUUGAUUGACAUGCCUCUACAACAGGUGCUUGUUCACCCAUUAGGAAAUGGCUCCUGUAAAAACGUUAAAAAGGACCAGAAAACACAACCCUCACCUCUCAAAAAGAAAGACAGCACCAAGGAAACCCACCACUUAGAAUCUCCGACUCCGAAACUGUCGGAGCGAUGUGAAACCCAGCUGUCAAUGAUGUCAUCAGGCGGAGACUUGUGUCGGAUCUGUCAGUGUGACAUUUUGGAUCAGGAAGAAGAUUCCCCGCUUGUGGCACCAUGUCUUUGCUCUGGCAGUAUGAAAUUUGUCCACCAGGCUUGCUUACAGAAAUGGAUAAAGAGUUCCGACAAAACAUCUUGCGAACUCUGCAAAUACGAAUACAAAAUGACUUCAAAGGUCAAACCCUUUAUACAAUGGGAAAGACUCCACAUGUCAACAGUGGAGCGGAGAAAAAUUACCUGUUCUGUCACAUUCCAUGUGGUUGCGAUUACAUGUGUCAUCUGGUCACUCUAUGUGCUCAUAGACCGGACGACAGAGGAAGUGGAGGCUGGGGCACUGGACUGGCCAUUCUGGACCAAACUUAUUGUGGUGGCCAUUGGUUUUACAGGUGGCCUCGUUUUCAUGUAUGUACAGUGUAAAAUGUAUGGACGACUUUGCCAGAAGUGGAAGGCAUAUAAUCGCGUGAUUUCCGUUGCCAAUGUCACAGACAGUGAACGCAUCAAAACUAUUUCUCACCAGCAACAGGAAAAGAAACCUGUUGAGGAUGCUAAUGUGAUUCCCUCUGGCGAGAUGGAGCUGGUGUAAUUUCUGGUGUCAUAUUUAGUUUUAUGAUUCUAGGGCUAAGCCCCUAGUCUAAUUCAUUGUUUAUUUACAUUUUACCGAAGACUGAAUAUAAAUUCAACCUGAAAAUCAUUUUCAAGCACAUCCAUUUCACACUCCGCACUUUUCAGAAAAAACAAAAGGAUCCACAAUUUCAUAUAUGAUUGCUUUUUAAAUUAGUUCCAUUAAGUAAUUGUAGAGCAUGUUAUAUCCUAUUAUUAAAUGACUAAUUUAUCGGUAACACAAAGUUUAUGUAAGAGAAAUGUUGUUAUGUCUUAAGGUAGAUUCCAGAAAUGGAAAACAGUGGUGAGAUAUGCAUGAAACCUCAGCAGUUUGACUACAGUCAUAUUAGUGACACGAAUAAUAUUAAAUUUCAUAAUUGUGAAACACAUGAAUAUUUUUAUCAACACAUGAAUGUUUUUAUCAGGAAAAGAAAACUUUGCUA